CUCCUCCCGGCCCGAUCCACCCUGCUCCCCUUCCAGCUCCUCCUCUCGGCCCGAUCCUCCCCGCUGCCUUUCCAGCUCCUCCUCCCGGCCCGAUCCAUCCCGUCCCGCUCCGCUUCCAGCUCCGCCUCCGGCCCGUCCGCGCUGCCCCCGCCUAUGAGGGAGCCGGGGCCGCCUUCCCGGGAGCGGCAGAAGAUGGCGGCGGCCGCGGGUUGGGCGCUGCUGGCCCUGGUGCUGUGUGUGAGCGCGGCGGCCGCGACCGGCGGCUCCGAGGGGAAGCGGCCGCCCAAGAAGAAGGACAUUCGGGACUACAACGACGCGGACAUGGCCCGGCUGCUGGAGCAGUGGGAGAAAGAUGAUGACAUUGAAGAGGGAGAUCUCCCUGAACACAAGAGGCCUCCAGCACCAAUAGAUUUCUCAAAAAUAGAUCCAGGCAAGCCUGAAAGCAUCCUGAAGCUGACAAAGAAGGGGAAGACUUUGAUGAUGUUUGUCACAGUGUCGGGAAAUCCAACAGAAAAGGAGACAGAAGAAAUCACCAGCUUGUGGCAGGGCAGCCUCUUCAACGCAAACUACGACGUGCAAAGGUUUAUUGUUGGCUCCAAUCGGGCCAUCUUCAUGCUGCGGGAUGGUGGCUAUGCCUGGGAGAUCAAAGACUUCCUGAUCAGUCAGGAAAGGUGUGCAGAUGUUACUCUGGAAGGUCAGGUUUAUCCUGGCAAAGGAGCAGAUGGAAAUGAGAAAGUGAAAAACAAAACAAAACCUGAAAAAGCAAAGAAGAAAAAAGACACAGAGAAGAAAUCCAAUGGUGUCAAAGAGGACAACCGAGCAACCAACCAGAGAGAGGAGCUAUGACAGCCACGGUGCCCAGACUGAAUCCUGCUCUGCUGCUCCUUGAAGAGAAUCUGCUAUUGAGUCCUGGGUUUGGGGGAGGAAGGAAGCAGAGACUACUGAAGUUUAAAUUUAUGUUGAAAUUCACCAGUUUACU